AUGCAGACAUGGCGGCGGACCCUCUCUACGUCUGUCGCCAGAUUUCAUUCUAGCGCGACCGUCAAUUCCCGAGCUGCUACCUUGCGAUGUGCGCAGAUCCUCCAAUCUAGCAAAAAAGAUGCACCUUGCGACCUAGAAGACAAGGAGAUCAAGAUCAAUGGGUUUAUUAGAUCUGUCCGAAAGCAGAAGCGGUUUGUAUUUGCAGAGAUCUCAGAUGGCUCAACAAUUGAGCCAUUGCAGGCGAUAUUAAAGCCUGCGCAAGCAGCUGAUCUGACUACUGGAGCCGCUGUUGAGAUAUCGGGAAUAUGGAAAGCCUGCCCACCUGGCAAAGAGCAGACGCACGAGCUCCAAACAACUGACGUGACCGUAGUCGGUACAGCAGACCCGGAGACGUUUCCAAUUCAAAAGAAAUACCACAGUACAGAAUUCUUGCGCCAAAUCCCGCAUCUUCGUAUCCGAACACCCUUGAACUCGCUUCUUUCGAGGUUUCGGUCCGAGUGUUUAUUUCAGCUCGGCAACGUCUUCCAUUCAUAUCCCCACGGAGGCUUCACGCAGGUGCAGCCCCCGAUAAUCACAUCUUCUGAUUGUGAGGGAGCGGGUGAAACAUUCACAUUGGCUCCACGUGGUGCCACUACGGCUUCGACUGAAACGGAUCAUUUCUUCCGCGCACCUAAAUACCUUACAGUGUCAUCUCAAUUGCAUCUGGAGGCUUACGCUGCAGAGCUAGGAAAUGUUUGGACUUUGACGCCUGCUUUUCGGGCGGAGAAGAGUGAUACGCCGCGCCAUUUGAGCGAGUUCUAUAUGCUCGAGGCUGAAGCCAACUUCAUGCAUGACCUAGACUCACUUACAGACCAAGUGGAAUACCUCCUUCGGGAUCUCACAAAUCGUUUGUAUAAUACCACUGUUGGUCAGGAAAUCUUGUCUGUGAAGCAGACUGCCGAGUCCGAACAGGUAAUCAACCCUGACGAGUCGCAAUCGAGUUUGCGCCAAAGAUGGACUGCCCUGAUGGAUGGCCCAAGAUGGCACCGGGUCUCAUAUACCAAAGCCAUUGAUAUGCUGCAAAAGGCGGUUGCUGAAGACUGUGCCUCGUUUGAAGCUGCACCCACGUGGGACGGAGGUCUGCAACUAGAACACGAGAAGUACAUCGUCGAGGUACUGUUCAAGGGUACUCCGGUAUUCGUUACAGACUAUCCAAAGGCCAUCAAGCCAUUCUACAUGCUACCAUCGCAGGUCAGCGAUGAGAAGACUAACGUGCCCGGUGAGACGGUCGCAUGCUUUGAUCUGCUUCUCCCAGAGGUUAGUGAAGUUGCUGGUGGAUCUCUACGUGAACAUCGCCUCCCGCAAAUCAUUCAAAACAUGCGUGAUUACGGGCUCAUCAAACCCCGUGUUCUUGGAGAUGAUGCUCCAACUCUGUCGGAGCCAUUAUACCCCCACCUUUCCCCGACUGAAGAUCUUAGUCAUCUGCAGUGGUAUGUAGAUCUACGGCGCUGGGGCUCUGCUCCUCAUGGCGGCUUCGGUCUUGGGUUUGAUCGGUUGCUGAGUUACUUGUCUGGCACGUCUAGUGUCCGGGAUACAGUGCCGUUCCCGCGAUAUUUCGGCCGGGCUGACUGUUAA